GCUGUAUAUGACACACAUCUGCAUGCUUGAAGUGCUCUGAAUGUUUCCACAGAGAGAAGAGAUGAUAGUAAGAAAGAAAGCGAUCAGAUGUGGGGCAGGCAGAGUGUGCGCGGGAACACGUUGAACGUUGCUGUGAAAGGUUGGUUUUUUGUGGUGUUAUUUUAUUAUCUAUCUAUCUGUCUAUCUAUCUAUAUAUCUAUCUCUCUGUCUGUCUGUCUGUCGUUGCACGUGAGGUUUGUUCUAGGGACAAAUUUCACACGCACACAUAUCUAUAUCUAUCUGGCAUAGAUAAACAGAUACACAUGUUUGCUUUUAAUAGGGCCACUGAAAUCAGGCCAUACAUGAUAGGUGUGUUAAACACCGCAAAUAUUUCGUAAAUAAAAAGUAGGCCACCCACAGCCAUAUUAAACUCUGAAAGCAGAGAGUAUUUAGUACAAAUUAGGGUAAAAAGGGAGUGGGAGGAGGAAUGAAAAAUGACUGGCAUGGCUGUUUUUAAUGAGACUAACAUUGAGAUACUAUCAAGUGGUGAGUGAGGGUGGAAGGGUGGUUUAACAGGCCCAAAACCACCAAAACUUUUUCCUAAUAAUUCUCUCUUGUCCCGCAUUUUCUGCAAUUUCUUCCACUGGAGAGUUUGUGUAUUUUUGUGGUCCCUCUUAUAGAAGGUCACAUCAUCCUCCGAGAAACCAUUUAAAAAACACCUAUCAGCCAAUCAUGGGUGAGAAACACACUGGGAAGGAAAAGAGAACUUCACUGCAUGCAAGUGAGAGAGAAGGAGCCAUGUGACCUGAGUUCCACCAAUCAGAUCAUGGGAUUUCCGUGCAGCAGCAUUACCGCGGGAGCUGUGACCUCGGAUACCUCAGACAUGCGACUGACAGGCCGUUACCACGGAGAUCAUCAUUGCAAGAGCGUCAGACACCUGAACUUUCAACUAUCUGACUAAAACCACGUAGACACUACAACAACCACGUCUAGAGAGAAAGACAGACAAAAGUGUCCAUUGUCAAAGGCUGAAGUCAGUAAGGCGGUGGAGAGGCCAGUUCUUUUCCCUCCUGAGCGGGACACAUGGCUUCAAACAGCAUCUUCGACACAUUCUCCAGCUACUCGCCCAGUUUACUGCGAGACCCGAGCACGAGCAGACGGUUCACGCCGCCCUCCGCCUCGUUCCCGUGCCCUAAAGUGACCGAGAGCCCGAGCAUGAGCGCACCGGGUCCACUGCGGUCCGGGCGGCCAGUGGAGGCCCGCUCCGUGGUGGACGUGCUGGCCGAUCACGCCGGAGAGCUGGUGCGCACAGACAGCCCAAACUUUCUCUGCUCUGUCCUGCCGUCACACUGGAGGUGCAACAAAACUCUGCCUGUGGCUUUUAAGGUGGUGGCUCUGGGUGAUGUUCCUGACGGUACUCUGGUCACAGUGAUGGCGGGAAAUGAUGAAAAUUAUUCCGCGGAGCUGAGAAACGCGUCUGCCGUCAUGAAGAACCAGGUGGCACGAUUCAACGACCUGCGCUUCGUGGGCAGGAGCGGCAGAGGAAAGAGCUUCACAUUGACCAUCACAGUGUUCACUGGCCCACCCCAGGUCGCCACAUACCACCGUGCUAUUAAAGUCACCGUGGACGGACCUCGAGAGCCAAGACGUCACCGUGUGAAGCCGGACGAACAUAAGCAGUUCUCCGAUCGCCUGAGUGACAUCGAGCGUUUCCAGAGGGCCAGUCUGAGGAUGAACCCUGGCAACGGGACCGCCCGCCCCCACCAAUCCCAUUACAGCCCCUCCGGCACCACACAGAUACCAGGAUUAUGGCCAGAUCAGAUUGAUCCUCCUGCACUGAAGACGUGCAAAGUGGAAGAUGACUUACGCUGGUCAGGUACAGAGCUGUUCCAGCAGAGGACAUCUUUCCCGUCUCUGUCUCCAUUAACGGCUCCUCGUUUCUCUGAUUCACACAUGCAUUAUCCGGGUCCUUUCACCUACUCUGCUAACCCGUCCAGCACUGGAAUCGGUGGUCUCAGCGUGGCCGGUAUGCCCACCUCCAGCCGCUACCACACCUACCUGCCGCCUCCCUAUCCUGGCAACCAGAACCAGAACUCCCACUUCCAGACCAACUCCUCGCCGUACCACCUGUACUACGGCACCGGAUCCGGCUCCUACCAGUUCUCCAUGGUUCCGACCGGCGGCACCGGAUCGGGAGGCGACAGGUCGCCCACCCGCAUGCUGACGUCCUGUACCGCGGCGGGUGGAGCCGGUGGCACCGCUGGCGGAAACAACAGCCUGCUCAACGCCAGCCUCGGUAACCAGAGCGACGGGGUGGAUGCCGACGGUAGCCAUAGCAACUCGCCCACAGCGAUGAGUGCGUCGACACGCAUAGACGAGUCCGUCUGGAGGCCUUACUGAAAAAUAGUGUGCGGAAAGACUGACAGAAGAGGUCAAAAUUAAGAGAAAAGGUGAAAGUCAUGCAUGUUUGAUCGUUUUAUGUUUCUUUGUCCUUCUAUGACGUCAAUCGCUUCUAAGACAACCAAAGUGAUCAAAUGACCAGAAAUUAGUUGCCUGACUGUUGACCUUUUGCUCUGGACGCUCUAUAUGGCACAGAAACGGACCUCCAUUGAUCAAAACUGAAGGACACAAGUCUCACAGGAAAUUGAUGUGUAUAUAGAAAGAGUAAAAAAUUAUCAUUAAAAAAUAAGGAAAGGUUCCCAUAGUAAUAUAUCAGCGACUUUUUUGUUACUGAAAAGGUGAACAAACCAAAGAAAAGAAAAGCAGGUGCUUCAUGGACAUAUUGUGAUGGGCCUGUAACUGAAAACAGACAAUUUAUCCAGCCUUACAAAUAAAUCUGCCUGAAAGCUGUAAUUCCCAGAGUGCUUUGCAACUACAAAACGCUGCAGUUUGUCAUGCAGACAGUAUAAAAGAACUUCAUGGAGCUGCAGGACUGUGGGACUUUUAACUGUGUAAAUAUACCAAAAAUGUCGCCCUCGACUUUCAGGUACUUUCCAAAAAUGCUGAAAUAGUCUUGAAAUGGUGAGAUGUGAUGAUAUAAUACAAAUGUGGGUCAAUGUUAGUUUUGUGAGAUGUUAUGCCAAUGGGUUUUUCAUUGAAAAAAAAUCACAAAGGGUGAAUCACAAAGCCUGUCAGGAACAUAUCCAGGUCAUAUUUAUUGAGAAAUGAGAAAUCAUAUUUUGCAGAAAAUUAUCCCGUUCAUAUUUUUUUGCAUUUAAACAUUAUUUUUAUCAAAAUGAAGCACAUUUGACCCCCAGAUUCUUAUUGUAAUGCAAAAAUAAAAGGUGUAUAAUUUCAUUUACAAAUCAUUUAAAUUUACAAAAACUUUUUUUUUAAAGCAAACAAUAAUUUUUUUUUUGUUUUGAUUUUGGGGUAAAAUGUGAUCUGGACGUGUUUUUGUGAGAUUCACCCUUUAGCUGUGGGUUCUCGGUUUGUAGAAACGUGAAACAGUGUCUAUAUUCCAAAGACAGCAGGUGUUUGAUUUUUUUUUUUUUUUUUUUUUUGGUUUCUUGCUUUGCAUCAAAAUCACAAACAAUUCAUUUGUCGAACUUGUGGAAUAGUUGGAAUAGUUUUUAGAGUAAUAAUUGUUUUUCUCAGUGUUGAUCGCUUCUUACGACUUAGCAGUUUCUUAAAACGAUUCUGAUCAGUUUGCGCUCAGUUUUAUUGUUUGUGUUUUGUUUUGUUUUUGUUUGUUUUGUUUUUUUCAUUUUUUAAUUUAUUUGAGCCAAAGUGGAUGCGUUCCUAUUUCAGGUCUGUUCCGUGUCACAAACAUUUCGUAUUUUUUUUUUAUUAUUAUUAUUAUUCUUUUUCGAUUUCUUUUUUAAUCUUUGUUUUAAUAUAAAAUUGGAAGUUGUGCUACUGUAAUAUAUUCUUUCUAAAUUAUACAAAACAAAUUUUAAUGUAAUGUCUAUGUUUUUCCAAUGCAGCUUUAAUGCACUAAAACAUUUAUUUAAGAGGUUAUAUGUCCUUGUAAACCACAUAAUGGAGACAUUCUUACCAGAUUGAGUUCCACAUGAUAUUUAGUCAUACUGCCUGAAAGACCUCAACCCUCACAAGCCAAAGAGUCCAACAAUCACCUGUUGUCAACUACGUCUCUAAAGUGUGAAAAAUAUGUUGCUCUAAGCACCUACAUUAUAUGUCUAUUUUUCCUACCUUGUUCUUGGAAUGACGGAAAUCGGAGACAAUAAUUGGGCACGUUUGAAAGGAGAUCAGUCUCGAUUAUUUGAAUAACAAAACCAUGCACAUGCUCAUACAAGGAAGGUAAAGUGGCCAUGACACACACACACAUUCACGUAACAGGUGUAAGUGAAUAUUUCAGCCCAUAACCCAGAGGUUUUUCCCAUGCUCACACCUGCUGCGUUUACCUGAGGGCAAAGAGCCCCAAAAGAGCAAAGGAAACAUGUAGAAAGAUAGAUGAAGAGAUCCAUAUCUCCUUUCGCAAUCAUUGGUCAUCCUUCAGGCCUUGUUAUCCAAGCAGAAGUGCCCGUGUUCAGCUUGAUUCAUGGCCGCUUUGAUGCCUUUAUGGCGGCGGUUAUUUUCCUUUCCAUUGUGCCUCCCCUUGAUUAUUGCCUAAAGCUGCAGGCUACAGGAAAGAUGGAUUCAAAAUGUGAGCUGGUCUAGUUACAUGCAGGAGUCGAUUCUCUCCUGCGAGGACUUCUGGGUAAUAGAAUCCUGUGCUAUGGGAAACAUUUGCUUCUGCAAUUCUGAAGUAUCGUUUAAUGAUUCUCUCAGUGCCUCAGUCUGGAUCUAUUAAUGUUUGUGGAUAUCAAAUCCUGUCGUCUCAUCUUAUGUGUUUGUUGUGAUUGUUGAUUAUGAUUGAGAUGGAACAAGAAUCCAAAUCAGGCUAAAUUAAUAUUUGCUGGCCCAAAAUAAGACCAAAGACGUAUCUAUUUAUUUCCACUAUCAAUAAUGAUUUUUAUUUUGUGUUGCAUUGAACAGUCUGUUGACGCCAAGGCUCUGUUCCAAAACCUAGUGAGCUUCCUACAUAGCACGGAGGCUGUAACAAAAAGUAAGUGGCUUAUUAAUGCCUGUGUAAAGCAUUCCAGAUGUCAGAUGUCUAUGUGGGCAGCAGCGAAGCUCAAUAUGUUUUGGAACACAUCCCAAAUGUUGCCAGUGAAGUGAAUAUCACUGAGGGCCAUGAGUCUGUGAUGUUUGUAAAGUGCACAGAUUAUAAUCAUGCCGAAAGAGCUAAAAAGCACAACACACUCCUGUAAGAACAAAUUGUCUUUUUCACUCAUUGUAUGUUUGCAAUUUUGGUUCUGAAAUAUGCUCUUUUGUUCCUUCAUUGUGUGCUAAUGAUGUAGUUUUUUAUGCUUUUUAAUUAAAAAAAAGAUCAGGAUUUGCUUGUGAUUUCAUUUACUUGUCAUUAAUGUUUUUGUAAUUCAGCCAUUGAUUUUACAAUGCAGUAAGAAAAGUUAUAUAAAUUAAAUUUCCUCAAUAUUUCCACA